GAUUAAUGCAAUUGGCCGAGAAGACUUAAAGGUGAAGCCUAUGGAAAGAGUCCGAAAGUCGUACCUUAUUUGUACUAUUCACUUUAGUGCAGAAGCCCGCUAUGUUGGAACCAGAAAUAAAUCGACCUUAAAACAGGAUGCAAUUCCUUCUCUAUUUCUUAAUGCUUCUAACAGGAAAGAAGUUUCUUCUGCCAAAAUGGUUAAACUACGCUCAAAGCAUAGUUUAUCAGAGCAAAUAGGUUCACCUGAAGUAGAAACAGUUAACAUCUCCAUACCAUCAACUUCAAAAUUGAUUUGUGAAGAAGUUUUACCAGUUUCUUCAUCUAAACUUAUUACACCAGAACAAAAUAUGCAAUCCCAGGUCAUGAUGUGUACUCCAACAAAAAUUUCAAGUUUAAACAAAUUAAUUUACAGAGGAUGUUUUUCGUUGUGAAGAUCAUGAUACGUUCAAAUCGUUUCUUUAUUAUGUUUCCAAAUUUCAUUUAUUUGUAUGGUUGAAAAACAUUAAUAAGAUUGUGAAAGGGAAACAAAAAGUUGAAAAAUCAUCAGAUAAGAUGAAAAUAUAUGCUGCGAAAAAAUUUGAAAAGCAAUUAAAAUAUUCAAAAAAAAUGAAAAAUCUCAAAUGUUUGAAUAUAA